AUGGCUACCACACCUGAAGUAACUUAUUCCAAUGAUAGACGUAAUCAUCCCAGAAAUAGAUUUGCUUGGGUUAAAAGAUUGAUGCAAGGUCAAAAUAGAACUACUAGUAUGAAUAACCACACCAACAGAAGAACAUCUAGUAAUAACACUAGUAAUAAUAACGAGGAUGCUACCCAUAACAAUAACAAUAACAAUUACACUAAUGGGAAUAGAUCUCGACAUUCCAAUAGACAAUCAAGAAAUAAACUUGUAUCUAACAAAAACCGAGAUAAGAUUCCCAAAACUGAAGUGGUGAUUGAAAGUCACGAUAACAACCCCAUUCAAAGCCAGUCAGUACAAGAAAACAACAAUAUUGACAAUGACGAACAAGAUGAAGGAGAAGAAAGAAACUCAUUAGAUGUGAUGAGUGACCAAAUUAGUGAUAAUGUUAGUACAACUCCAUUGAAAUCAAUAGUAUCAAGUCAAUCAACAAAAUCUCCAUCUAUUUUGAGUGGUGAUGCUCAUAAUGAUCAAACUUCUUUGAUUGCAUCAACCGCAGAAACCUCAUUGGCUCCAAGUGUACAAACUCCAACUAAUUACACUUUUCUUCCCAUAAUUACUGCUAGUCUAACUAAUACUACAUCGUCUUCUUCAACCACCACAACCACAACCACCACCACAACAACAACAAACAAUAAUAACAAUGCAACUACCAACAACAACAACAAUAAUAAUACAAUUUUGCCAGUUACAUAUAAUGCAAGUAUCGGUGGUCAGGACCGUGAUAGUGAAUCCAUUGUGACAUUGGCUAGUUCUACAAGAAGAAUAAGAAGAAGAAGUAUUGAUACCAAUUGUAGUACUACAGGUAUUCCGCCAGCGUCAAUUAUGGAAAGAUUAAGUGUUCACCCUGGUAAUGGUGGUACUAAUGCUAGUACUUAUGCUAAUAGUAUUAAGACUAGUAAUGACGACCAGAGUUUUUUUGAAGAGUCUCGUGGUCCAUAA